GUCUUGAGAAACUCUUGUUGUCUUUCUAUAUCUCUCGAGAUCUUGUCUCACCAAGAAAACCCAACUCAAAACCAUGAACAUCUCCUCAGCUAAGAAUUGAGAGAGACCAUCCACCCCAUCUUCUUCCUCCUUUCAUGUCUUCCCCUACCCAUAAGCGCCUAUCUUCGUUUUCCUCCAAAAUCAACAUCAAUUCUCCGGCGAUGAAGAAAACCAAGUCUCAGUCUCUGGACUCAAAAAAUGGGCUUCACUCUUCUCUUAAUUCUGAUGAUGGUGCUUCCAUGAUCGUUGAUGAAGAUCUUACACAGCCUGAGAGUGAUUACUCUCAUCGUAAUGUUGUUUCUUCUUCUGAUUCUCGCUCAAUCAUCGCUACUAAUUUGUCUCGUAAGAAGGCUACCCCACCUAAUCCUUCUACCAAGAAGCUUGUUAUCAAGCUUAUUAAAGCUAAGCCCACAUUACCUCCUAAUUUCGAGGAAGUUACUUGGGCUACCUUAAAGUCAGCCAUCAGUGCUAUAUUUUUGAAGCAGCCUGAUUCAUGUGACCUGGAGAAACUUUAUCAAGCUGUUAAUGAUCUUUGCCUGCACAAAAUGGGAGGCAGCCUCUAUCAACGGAUUGAGAAGGAGUUUGAAGCACAUAUUUCUGCUAUAUUGCAUUCGCUGGUGGGCCAAAGUCCGGAUUUAGUGGUCUUUCUCUCACUUGUUGAGAAAUGCUGGCAGGACCUUUGUGACCAAAUGCUGAUGAUUCGUGGCAUAGCUUUGUAUCUUGAUAGGACAUAUGUGAAACAGACCCCAAAUGUUAAAUCAUUGUGGGACAUGGGAUUACAGAUUUUCCGUAAACAUCUUUCUUCAUGUGCUGAAGUUGAGCAUAAAACUGUUACAGGCCUAUUGAGAAUGAUUGAGAAGGAAAGAUUAGGUGACGCUGUUGAUAGGACUCUUCUGAAUCAUCUCUUAAAAAUGUUCACUGCUCUUGGAAUUUACCAAGAAAGCUUUGGAAAACCAUUUCUUGCCUGCACAGAAGAAUUUUAUGCUGCUGAAGGUGUUAAGUAUAUGCAGCAGUCUGAUGUUCCAGAUUACUUGAAGCAUGUUGAAAUGAGAUUGCAUGAAGAACAUGAACGAUGUCUUUUGUACUUGGAUGCUAGUACUAAAAAACCUCUCAUCUCAACAGCCGAAAAGCAGCUCCUGGAGCGUCAUAUAUCUGCCAUACUUGAUAAGGGCUUUAUUAUGCUGAUGGAUGGAUGUCGUAUAGAUGACCUACGGAGGAUGUACGAUUUGUUUUCCAGGGUUGAAGCACUUGAGUCACUGAGGCAGGCAAUUAGUUCUUACAUCCGGAAAGCUGGUCAGGCUACAGUUAUGGAUGAAGAGAAAGAUAAGGACAUGGUUACCUGCCUCUUGGAUUUCAAGGCAACUCUUGAUAAAAUAUGGGAAGAAAGUUUUUCAAAGAAUGAAUCUUUUGGUAACACUAUCAAAGAAUCAUUUGAAUACCUCAUUAAUCUACGUCAGAACCGUCCAGCAGAGUUGAUUGCAAAGUUUCUGGAUGAGAAGCUUCGAGCUGGAAAUAAGGGAACCUCAGAAGAGGAAUUGGAGGGCACUCUGGAUAAAGUGUUGGUCUUAUUCCGAUUUAUACAGGGGAAGGAUGUAUUUGAAGCAUUUUACAAGAAGGAUCUUGCUAAGAGGCUUUUGUUAGGGAAGAGUGCUUCAAUUGAUGCUGAGAAGUCUAUGAUCACAAAGCUCAAAACUGAGUGUGGUAGUCAAUUUACGAACAAACUUGAAGGAAUGUUCAAGGAUAUUGAAUUAUCAAAAGAAAUAAAUGAUUCUUUUAAACAAUCUUCUCAAGCCCGAACGAUGCUUCCAUCAGGAAUAGAGAUGAGCGUCCAUGUCUUAACCACAGGGUACUGGCCAACAUACCCCCCAAUGGAUGUCCGGCUCCCACAUGAGUUGAAUGUAUACCAGGACAUAUUUAAAGAGUUUUAUCUUAGCAAAUACAGUGGUAGACGGCUAAUGUGGCAAAAUUCACUGGGCCAUUGUGUACUGAAAGCAGACUUCCCAAAGGGUAAAAAAGAGCUUGCAGUUUCCCUCUUUCAGGCUGUAGUUUUAAUGCUAUUUAAUGAUGCUGAGAAGCUGAGCUUCCAAGAUAUUAAAGAUGCUACCGGAAUCGAGGAUAAAGAGCUGCGUAGAACUCUCCAGUCUCUUGCAUGCGGCAAAGUUCGUGUACUUCAGAAGGUUCCUAAAGGCAGAGAAGUGGAUGAUAAUGACUCGUUUGUGUUCAAUGAGCUAUUUACUGCUCCACUUUAUCGUAUAAAGGUUAAUGCGAUCCAGAUGAAGGAAACAGUGGAGGAGAAUACAAGCACCACCGAGAGAGUGUUUCAAGAUCGUCAAUAUCAGGUUGAUGCUGCUAUUGUUCGUAUCAUGAAAACGAGGAAGGUGCUUAGUCAUACUCUACUUAUAACGGAGCUCUUCCAACAGCUCAAGUUUCCCAUAAAACCAGCUGAUCUCAAAAAGAGGAUUGAGAGCCUUAUAGACCGAGAGUAUUUGGAGCGAGACAAGAAUAAUUCUCAAAUAUACAAUUACUUGGCGUAACGGCUUAAUUCACAAUUGAGCUCGUCUUCAUGACACGAGGAAAACCGGUUAUGAAUGCUUAUAGUCUGAUAUUGUACAGUUAAUAGAUCGAUCUUUCAAUUUUUACGAUAUGUAGAUGUAAUUUUUUCCCCAUAAUGGAAGAUUAUGCCUUUGCAUUGCA